AUGAGACUCACAUUCAGACGGCCAGGUGGGCCAGGACCUUUAUUCAGCUCUUUCUUGGGAUUAUUAGAUAUCAAACUUGGUGCAGAGAUUGUUCUACUAUUUGGUCUUAUAAACAAAGUAGCCGGUUUAUAUGGAUUAAUAACGAUUCUAGUCGGAGGGUCUUUUGUCCAAUUGACGUAUUACGCCUAUUCGACAGGAACGUUAUUCGCCUUCUUGUGGGGAUUGAAAGUGGUUAAAUCUGAAUCAGCUUCACCAACAUUAUUAUUAUCCCAUUUAUAUACAUUAGAUCAUAUCCUAUUAACAAUCUUCCACUAUAUUUUCUAUUUACAUUAUUGGUUCGUCAUACCUCAUGACGGAAGGAGAAAUGCAAAUUCACAAGCACAACAAGAUCUGAUCAAUUUAGCAUUAUCAAGGAAUGAAAUAACACAACCUGCUUCAGGUGAAACGAGUCAAGGAUUAGAAGAAUUAAGAACUGCGUUAGCAGGUGAUAUUUGGGAAAGAGAAGAAAUCUUCGCUAGGUGGACUUUGAUCAGUGGUUGGUUAUUGAAAUUAUACUUCAUCGUAAUAUUAUAUUCCUACGCUGGUCAUUUGAAAUCAUCAACAUAUCACACAUUACCUUUAACGUUCCGAGGAAAAGCUACUUCAAUAGCUCAUCCUACUACUCAAGAAGAUCAAGAAGCUGAAUUAGCCAGAGCGGAAGAAGCUACGAGAGCAUCAACAGAAGCUUCUCCCUCGAGCUCAUCGGCAGUUGCAGGCUCAACGGGAUCAAAUGGGAAUCGAAAUGGUACAAAAGGUAAAGGGAAGGGGAAAGGUAAUGAUGAUGAAGAUGAUUUCUCAUGGGAUUGA